CACACAGAAAGACAGCGAAGUGUUUAUUCAGACGUGGGACGACAUAACUGACGAAAGAAAGAAAGAAAGAAAGAAGCUGCAGGAUGGAUGUGACUUCACAUUCGACUGCAUCUAACGCCACUGAAGGCGGCGAAAACAAGUCGGAAAACCAGUCAGAAUGCAUCGUGAUCCAACCGACAGCCAACGGGACGCUCCCGCAUCACAGCACAGAUGAAGCUCCUCCCCCUGCCUCUCAUAGGUCAGACGCUGACAGCAGUGAUGACUGUUCGACAGACGGCUCCUCCACCAAUGACGUCUCUCGUCUCCUGCCCGCUCAGCCCUCAUCGUCACCGUGGAAACAGAAAGGUGUGGACAGCUCAUCGUCAACAUCCCCUCCCCCCGUCUGCACUCCUCCAUCUUCCUCUGUGAAAUCUCCUCCUCCUCCACCUGCCUCUCGGUCGUCCACCUCUAACAGACAUCAUCAUCAUCACCACCAUCAGAGCACCAAGCAGAAGCGUUUAUCCUCCACUAAAAGCCAAGCCUCCUCCAAGACAGACGCCACCCACAUUAAGGAGGUCGCUGGAGAUGACUGUUGCGCCCACUGUCUCCUCGCCUGUCUCUUCUGCGAGCUGCUGUCCAUGUGUUCGGCUGUGGGAGACUGUCUGGUGUGUGGAAUGGGCGGGGCCGGGUGCUGCGACGCUGCGGCUGGCGGUUGCUGCUGCUGCUGCGUGGAGGCCGCAGGGGAGGCAGCCUGCACCGAGGAGGCGUGUCAGGCAGUGUUGGAUUGUGGGAUAAUUGAAAAUUGCUGCGGCUCAUCCGACUGCUUGGAGAUCUGUUUAGAGUGCUGCUCCAUCUGCUUCCCAACAUAGAGCAGCCAAUCAGAGAAGGACUACAAAAUGAUGUCAAGGUGUGCUAAUGAUGUGGACUCCAGCACACUUCACUGACCAGGAGGCCGAUUACAGACUGCACUUAACUUGGCC